AUGGCUGCAGAAGAAUCCGACGAAGAAACCUCUUCAUCAAGUAAACGAGAACAAACACAAGCACGGGCAGCUACGCAUAAAGUUUCGCAGCGGGAAGGAAACAUCACCCAAUUAGGCGUAGCGAAUCCUGAUACGGAAACCAUUAUCAAGACAACAAGUGAAGAAUUUUUUCAACGCGAACUGGCAGCUAGGGUGGAAGAACCUGAAAGAGAACUGGCCAUCAAGGAAGCGAAGAGAGCUGAUGACCAUGCAAUACAAGACAGCAAGAUCAAGAUGAUGGAGAUGCAAAUCAUGAAUUUGUCAACCGGAGCAAGGAACAAGGAACGUACGGAGUUGGAAGCCGAAGCAACACUGCGAGCGAACAAAUUUUCCAGAAUCACUCAAGGAGAAAUUUCGUGA